AUGACCCGUUUCCGCCCCUGCAUAGACCUCCACUCAGGCCAAGUCAAACAAAUCGUCGGCGGCACCCUCGACUCCAAAACCACCUCCCUCCUCACCAACUUUAUCUCCCCCCACCCCCCAUCUUACUUCUCCAAGCUCUACAAAGAAAAUGACCUCCACGGCGCUCACGUCAUCAUGCUCGGGCCCGGCAACCGCACAGCAGCCAUCGAGUCCCUAGCCGCCUGGCCCAACAACCUCCAAAUCGGCGGCGGCAUCAACGAGACCAACGCCCAGGAGUGGAUCAACCUCGGAGCCUCAAAAGUGAUCAUCACAUCCUACCUCUUUCCCAACGGGACUUUCUCCCAGGAGAGACUAGACAAAGUCCUUGUUGCGCUUGGUGGGGACAAGGAGAAGCUGGUGAUUGAUCUGAGCUGCAGGAGGAAGGGCGAGGAUAGGUGGUUUGUUGCCAUGGAUAAGUGGCAGACGAUCACAGAUAUGGAGGUUUGUGAAGAAUCUAUCAGACAGCUCGAGCCGUAUUGCUCAGAGUUCCUCAUCCACGCUGCCGACAACGAAGGCCUGCAGCGUGGCAUUGACGAAAAGCUGGUGGAAAACCUGGCCAGGUGGUGCAGUAUCCCCGUUACAUACGCUGGCGGCGGUAGGAAUCUGGAUGAUCUGGAGAUGGUCAAGAAGCUCAGCAACGGGAAAGUGGACCUAACAAUCGGCAGCGCCCUGGAUUGCUUCGGCGGGAGCGGUGUCACGCUGCAAGAGUGCGUUGAAUGGAAUAAAAAGCAGUAA